UAAUUCCACUUCCGGAAGAAGUGCCCCGGCUGCUGGCUCCUUUAGCCAUCAGAGAACUUUUAAAAUUUAAAAAUGGUGGAAACCUCUGUGUUUCACUCCGAAGUGAAAUCCAUUGUGGAGACGCUCAUAAUGACAGCGGUCGAUGUUCUCGGAGCUUCCGAAGAAGGAACCGACCAAACGGAGCGAGUUUUAAGACGUGAGCCCUAUUUGGUUGACCUCUUGACCCGGGAGGCAGUCAGAAAGAUCAGCAGCAUUUUCUCCCAGCUCUCCUUGUUGCUGCUCACGGAAAACUCUGCGUUGAAGGCCCGACUGGAGCAGCUGGAGGCUGAGGUGAAGAGCAUGUCUGAAGGUUUGAAAAACGCCAGCCUGUGGAGCGAGAACGUGCUGAACGGCUGUCCGGUUCUGUUCGAGCAGAGCGGCCUGAUCUCCACCCUGAAGCCCCUCGGGAGGCUGAAGAGAAAGACAGACAGUCCUUCCCUGGGAGGUGCAGAUCCUUCUGGAGCUGCUGCACAGGUGGAAGACAGUGGAGAGAUGAUGGAGGAGAUGCCUUCAUCACCUCCUGCUGAACAUGAAACUGCAGAGGAUUGUCCCGCUACAAAAAUCCCUGACCUGGAAAGCUCUGAAUCCCAAAUCAUGCAGGAACCAGUGCCCAAGACUAAAGGAAAGGUGUUUGUGUGCGAGCUCUGUCGGAAGAGUUUUAAUCGUCGGUUUCACCUGAUGAAGCACAUGAACACUCACAGAGAACAAAGGCCGUUCACCUGCGACCAGUGCCCCAGGAAAUUCAGGAAUGCAGAAAACUUGGAGCAUCACCUGCUGCGACACGAAGAGAAGAAAUACACCACCUUUAAGUGCCAGCAAUGCGAGAUGUCGUUCAAGACAAAAAUGAAUCUGAAGACCCAUCAGCUCGUCCACACAGACAGGCGGCCUUUCAGCUGCACCACCUGCGGGAAGGGCUUCAAAACAAAGCACAACCUGCAGGCUCAUCAGGCGGUGCACCUGGCUGAAAAGCCACACAAGUGUUCAGAGUGUGGCGAGGGUUUCAGAUACGCCAUCAGCCUGCAGUGCCACCAGAGUGUUCACACCGGCGAGCAUCCCUACACCUGCACGGCGUGUGGCAAAGCAUUUUCCAGCAGGCGAUCGCUCAGGACGCACCAGGCGGUCCAUAGGGGGAAGGUGUUCACAUGCGAGACGUGCGGAGCGGGAUUCACUCUCCGGCAGAACCUCAGGAGACACAGUCGCAUUCACACAGGCGAAAAACCGUUCGCCUGUAAAGUCUGCGGGAGGAGUUUCAUGCAGGACAACAAGCUGAAGGCACACAUGCUUCUCCACGGAGCCACGAAGGCGUUCAUGUGCGACCUUUGUGGGAAGACGUUUCUGUACAACUGCCAGCUGAAGAAGCAUCAGAAAGCUGCUCACGAGGAGAAGCAGGCGCGGAGAAGGCGAAGUCAGGAGCGAGGCCAGCGCAGAGUUAUCUAUCGGCGAGACAAAACGAUGGUGGACGUGACGCCGUUCAGCUGCAGCACCUGCCACAAAGGCUUCGACACAGCGGCCUCGCUCAAGAGGCACGAGCUCAUCCACACUGGCGGCACACAGUACACCUGCAACCAGUGCGACAAGUCGUUUUUCUACAAAGCCACCUACGAAUACCACCGCAGGGUCCAUUCCGGAGAACGCCCAUUUGCUUGUGAUGUGUGCGGGAAGCGGUUCAUCAUCCGCCAGGCCCUCAAGUCUCACAAACUGCAGCAUUCUGAAGAGAAACCGCACAUCUGCGAGCAGUGCGGCAAGGACUUUAGGAUCUACACAAACUACCUCCGACACCUCCGGGUCCACACGGGGGAGAAGCCCUAUGAGUGUGAGGUCUGUGGCACUCGGUUCCGGCAGCUCGGACACGUCAAGUUUCACAUGCAGGUCCACACGGGAGAACGGCCGUAUUCAUGCAGCAGCUGCGGUCUUGGAUUUUCAGACUCCAGGCUGCUCAGGAAACACAGCUGCAGUGAGAAAUAGGAGGAAUCAGUGUACUGAUACUACCUCUUCAAUCCAACCUCAGAUACUGGAUGGAUGGAUGGAUGGAUGGAUGGAUGGAUGGAUGGAUGGAUGGAUGGAUGGAUGGAUGGAUGGAUGGGACAAAUUUAUCAACAGUCAGAUCCCUUGUAGUGUUUCAUGUUUGAACUUUUUUAACAUCUCUCAAGGAGUCCAAAUGUUGCCUCAUGCUGGACUUUAGUUUAUUUCAACAUUUAAACUCUGCAGAUAAAUGUUGUUCUUGUAACCGAGUAACAAAAUAAAACAAAAUUGAACUAUA